AUGGAAGAACUUACAGCUUUUGUAUCGAAAUCUUUUGACCAGAAAAGCAAAGAGGGCAGUAGCAGCGGCGGCAGCAGCGGCAGCAAGAAGGAGACUAUCACAUACAGGGAAGUUUUGGAGAGUGGGUUGGCUCGAUCUCGAGAGCUAGGAAACUCCGAUUCUAAUCUUCAGGACAUUACUGAGAGCAGCAACCAUUGCCCAGUGCAUCUUUUCAAAGACCAUGUAGAGAGUGACAAGGACAAACUGAAGGAGUUCAGCACGGGCAGGGCUGCGGAAGGGAUCUACGAAUGCAAAGAAAAGAGGGAAGAUGUGAAAUCUGAAGAUGAGGAUGGACAGACCAAGCUGAAGCAGAGAAGAAGCCGAACCAAUUUCACCUUAGAGCAGCUGAAUGAGUUGGAAAGACUUUUUGAUGAGACUCACUAUCCAGAUGCCUUCAUGAGGGAGGAGCUGAGCCAGAGGCUGGGACUCUCUGAAGCUAGGGUACAG